UGGGAGGAAUGUGGUGGUCUAUCUGCUGCAUACCGUAUGGCGGUGGCGGCGGUGAUGGUGUCCCACCACUCACCGCCUCUUAACAUAUUGCCGCCGCCGUUGUCUUCUUCUUCUUCUUCUGCUGCUGCUGUCGUCCAGGCGAGCAAAGCAAAGAUACGAAAGAAUAUAAUCUCAUUCAUUGCCCUGCUCCUGCUCCUGCCCAGUCAAUUUACAGGGAGGGAUCUCACCUCAGAGCAUCCCCUGCCUUCCAUUUCCUUCUCCAUUCACUCCCUGCAGCAGCUGCAGCAGCAGCAGCAGCAGGAGGAGGGAAAGAAACCCUCAGCCGGCCACCGAAGAAAGAUGGACUCCUCCUCCUGCCGACGCCAAUGUGGCGGUGGCGGUGGCGCUGCUCUCUUAUCCCACCACCGCUACCACCUCCUCCUCCUCUUACUGUGUUUCAAUCUCCUCUCAUCUUCGUCAUCAUCAGCAGCCGCCGCAAUGGAGAAGACAUCGAGACAUCUCCUUUCCUCGAUCCCAUCAUCAUGGCCGUCCGUAGACGGCGGUUUCGCCUCCGGAGCAAUCGACCUCGGCGGCGGACUCCACGUCUUCCAGACCGCUUCCUUCAACAAAAUCUGGUCCACCCAGCAAGGCGGACCCGACAAUCUCGGAGCAUCCUUCUUCGAACCGACCCAGCUGCCUCCCGAUUUCCACAUGCUCGGCACCCACAGCCAGCCCAACGCAAACCCUAACGCCCACGGCUGGAUCCUCGCCGGGAAAGACGCCGCCGGCGACGGAGGAGCAUUGAAGCCGCCGGUCGAUUAUACCCUGGUUUGGACCAGCUCCGACACCGAAAAAAUCAACCAGCAAGGAAUCGCCUAUUUCUGGCUCCCGGUCCCACCCGACGGUUACAGGGCCGUGGGACACGUCAUCACCACGUCCCCUGACAAGCCCCCGCUCGAAAAAGUCCGCUGCGUCAGAUCCGAUCUCACCGACCAAUGCCAGGCCGACGCGUGGCUCUGGGGCCCAGCCGACGCCGGCGAUCCCGAUCUGACCGGGUUCAACGUUUUCAACCUCGGGCCGGGGGACGGAUCCGCCGCCGGCGUCUCCGUCGGCACAUUCAUCGCCCAAUCCUCCGGCCUUCCCGGAGACCACCCCACGCUCGUCGCCUGUCUGAAGAAUCAGAAUUCCGUCGACGGAUCGACUUCUUCUUCGAUGCCGAAUUUAAAGCAAGUGGAAGAACUCUUCAAGAGAUACGCUCCCUGGAUUUCUCUCCAUCCCGACGAGGAAUUCCUCCCGUCUUCCGUCGAUUGGUUUUUCUCAAACGGAUCGCUUCUAUACGAGAAAGGGAAAGAAUCGAACCCGACCCCGAUCGACCCGAUUGGGUCGAACCUCCCGCAGGGCGGUUCCAACGACGGGGCGUACUGGUUGGACCUGCCGGUCGACGGGUCGGCGAAAGAGAGAGUGAAGAAAGGACAGCUGGCGGGCGUGCAGGUUUAUUUACACGCGAAGCCCGCUUCGGGAGGCACAUUUACGGAUCUAGCCGUGUGGGUGUUCUACCCGUUCAACGGACCGGGGAGGGCAAAAGUGGAAUUCAUCAAGAGCAUCAAGCUCGGGAAGCUAGGGGAGCACGUGGGGGACUGGGAGCACGUGACCCUGCGGAUCAGCAACUUCAACGGCCUGCUCCAGAGCGUCUACUUCUCGCAGCACAGCGGCGGGUCGUGGGUCGGGUCGGCGGAUCUGGAGUACCGGGGCGGGAGCCGGCCCGUGGCGUACGCGUCGCUCCACGGGCACGCGAUGUAUCCGCACCCGGGGUUGGUGAUGCUGGGGAGCAAGGACAUCGGGAUUCGGGACGACACGGCGACGGGAGGGAUGGUGGUGGAUACGGCGGCGGGGUUCGCGGUGGUGGCGGCGGAGUAUCUGGGGAAGGACGGCGUGGUGGAGCCGCCGUGGCUGAAUUACAUGAGGGAGUGGGGCCCGAAGAUUGAUUAUGACGUGGACAAGGAGCUGGCGAAGGUGAGGAAGUUGCUGCCUGGGACGCUGAAGAAAGAGUUUGAUAAGAUGGUGAGGAAUUUGCCCAAGGAGGUGUUGGGGGAAGAAGGGCCCACUGGGCCCAAAGUUAAGGCCAGCUGGAACGGUGAUGAAGCUUAGUUAAAAAAAAAAAGGGGGAAUUGAAAUUGAUCAUUGUUUUAGGAGAAUUAUAAUUAUUAUUAAUAAUAAAUUUAAUUGAUUGCUUUGUGCAUGUUAGAGGUGGAGACUCUGGAGAGUGAUCAAUCGUGUUGUUUAGAAACUGAAGCUUGAUCUUCGUCUGUCGGAAUGAUUAUAGGAGAAGAGCGAACUAAGAAUGAUCUCUGGUGGUGACCUCCUAAAUGAAUCCUAAUCCUUUCAUCAUCAGAUUAGUUUGUUUACGGUGACAGUGACAGAUCACUUCAAAAUCUGCAAAUAUAUAGACAAAAUACACUUGUAUAGCCAUAAUUUUCACGUUUUCGACAAAUAUAGCCA